AUGAAUUUUGAAGACGAAUGGCUAGAAAACGAUGUUGCAGUUGCCUCCGCACCGGCACCUCAAGAAAAUAGAUUCCAGUCUCGUGAAUACCGUCCAAGCCGAGGCAGAGGUGGUGGUGGCAGAGGACGCAACGAUGGCUAUUGGCGUGAACGUGGGAACAAUGGCGAUGUUAGAACGACACAACGGCGAAAUUAUCAACAGAAUGACGGUAACAAAAAAAAUAUAUCUGUACCUUCUCAAAUGGUAGGUCGCAUAAUUGGCAAAGGCGGAUCCAAAAUUCGUGAGUUAGAACAAGAUUCAGGAGCUAAAAUUAAAAUAGGCGAUGCUGAAGGUGAUUACUCUUCAAUAACUUUAAUUGGUUCUGAAGCAGCUGUGAGCAAAGUAGAAGGCUUGAUUAACGAACUAAUUGAAGAUAACAGGCCUGCUCCUCCUCCUAAAGAAAAUCUUAAUAAUAGCACUGGAUCUAGUGAUUAUCUUAAAAAAAAUGAAUCCGGUGUUGAAGUUAUCGAUUGGGAUAAACUGAAUGCAGCUUAUGAACAAGAACAACAAAAUCGCUGGCAAAAUUUACCUCCUAUUGUCAAAGAUUUCUAUAAAGAGGACCCUACAGUUACCUCUAUGCCACCAGCUGAAGUAGCACGUUGGCGUCGUGCUAAUCAUGAUAUACAAGUCAAGAGAACAUUCGAUGAUAAACCAGGCCUUCGACCUAUCCCCAAUCCAGUAUUAACAUUUGAACAAGCAUUCCAGCACUACCCAGAAAUUUUGGAUGAAAUUUACAAGCAAGGUUUUAAACAACCUUCACCAAUUCAAAGUCAAGCUUGGCCAAUUCUUCUUAGAGGUGAGGAUUUGAUUGGCAUAGCACAAACAGGAACAGGAAAAACUUUAGCUUUCUUACUACCUGCUCUCAUACACAUUGAUGGACAAACUAUCCCAAAGGAACAAAGAGAGGGACCCACUGUGUUGAUAAUGGCACCGACAAGAGAGCUUGCAUUACAAAUAGACAAAGAAGUCUCUAAAUAUCAGUAUCGUGGUAUUAAAUCAGUCUGUCUCUAUGGGGGUGGAGACCGCAAAGAGCAAAUUAAAGUUGUUUCCAAGGGUGUAGAUAUUGUGAUUGCAACACCAGGAAGGCUGAAUGACUUGGUGAUGGCCCGUCACUUGAACAUAAUAAACUUUUCCUACAUAGUCCUUGAUGAAGCUGAUAGAAUGCUGGACAUGGGAUUUGAACCACAAAUAAGAAAGUCUCUCUUUGAUGUUCGACCUGACAGACAAACAGUCAUGACUUCUGCGACAUGGCCCCCAGGCGUAAGAAGACUUGCAGAAUCCUAUAUGAAAGAUCCUAUCCAAGUUAAUGUUGGAUCAUUAGAUCUCGCUGCUGUACACACAGUCACUCAGAAACUACUUUUCUUAGAAGAAGAUGACAAGGAACCUGCAUUAUUUGACUUCUUGAUGAAUAUGGAUCCAAAUGACAAAGUCAUUGUAUUUUGUGGAAAAAAAGCUACAGCCACUCAUAUCACCACUGAGCUUUGUCUAAAAGGUAUAGAAUGUCAAUCUUUACAUGGUGAUAGAGAUCAGAGUGACCGUGAAGCUGCUUUAGAAGAAAUGGUUGAUGGCACUGUCAACAUUCUAAUAGCAACUGAUGUAGCAUCCAGAGGUAUAGAUAUAAAGGACCUCACUCAUGUUGUGAAUUUGGACUUCCCACGUCACAUUGAGGAGUACGUGCACAGAGUUGGCAGGACCGGCCGUGCAGGAAGAACUGGAGUAUCACUAACAUUUGUUACAAGGCAUGACUGGGCACAAGCUGGAGAACUGAUUAAAAUACUAGAGGAAGCUAAUCAAGAAAUUCCAGAAGAACUGGAAUUAAUGGCUAAACGAUUUGAAAGUAUGAAACUAAGGAGGGAACAUGAAGGAGGACGUGGUGGUCGAGGAGGUCGAGGUGGACGUGGAGGACGCGGAGGUGGCGGCAGAAGAGACCGUUGGUGA